AUGUCGGAUAUAACGAAGCGAGUUUCAAUAAAGAGCAUAUAUCUGAGUUUAUUCAUGCUCGGAUUAAGCUCAAUGCUCAUAAACUCCAUGAUGGACUUGGAGUCAUUCAUUUUCCUGAGGCUUCUUGGUAGUAGUAUCUAUGAUGCCCAGGGUAUGUGCUUCUUCUUGCGGAGAUUUAACUUAAUGGUUGGUAUUGUUAUGACCUUCCUCAGCAUUACGUUUUGUGGUCCAGUUGUAUGUGGAUAUUGGCAUUGGCUUUUGUUUUUUGGCUACUUGAUAAUGUCAGUGUAUAUCUCACUUCUCUCUUCUAGUGCUGCUACCAUUUCCAAGUCAACUGUUGCUGGUGUUUUCGCACUCUCAAUUAUAUCUUAUGCCCUGCAAACAUCUUCCGUAAAGUUUAUGUUUGACCCAAAGAUAUUUGACGGUGAUGAAGAUUGUUCUUUGCAUAUCCUAAUAUUUUUGGCUGGUUGUUUUUCCUCUGGAAUUUUGGUUCGUAUGCUUUUGAAGUUUAGUAAAACCAAUCCAUUUUUGACAUUGAACGAUUCUCGUGCAGCUUUACACCUGUUCAAUAGGUUAUUUUGGGUAUUUACCUUUAUAUCUGGUAUCUCUGCACUGUUAUUGAGCAGAAUGACGUGCGUAAAGGAUGAUGAAGAGGACGAAGAAGCUACAAGUGGCCAAUCGCUCUCUGAAUUAUUGAAUAACAAUAACAGGUGGAUUUUUGUGGCCGCUUGUUUGGGCUGGUGUUUUUCUCCCAUGCUAAAUAAUUUUGCAAUAUCUCUUGUUCAUAACUUGGAUCGCCUACAGUCAAUAGAUUUGGAAUAUGUACAAUACUUCACAUCACUUGUUGUUUCACUAAUUAUUUGCACAUUGGUUUAUAAUGAGAUAAUAGUUUUCAAGGGCAAGACCGUAACAUAUAGUUCCUUUUACACUGCAUUAUGCGGUAUUGUUAAGCUUGAAGGUGUUGAAAAUACACUCUCAGAUGAUGGUGUUUCAGAAGAAGCUACUUCUAUGGCUUCAUCUAUAAACUCCAGAUUAGUUCGUUCAAUCCAACCGUGGGUUGCACUUCCACAUGGAUACUGGACCGAAUGGGAAGAAUAUGAUAACAGUGAUAAUCACCGUAUGGUAACCCUAGUAUCUAUGCAUAUGACGAUAUCGAAGAUACGUAAUGAGGAUAUUUAUGAUGUUUAUGAUCCAUGUGAGGACCCAAAGAGCUUAUCUGAUUAUUAUAUGGAUCUUUUGGAUUGUCGAUAUUCCUUGUUGUGGCUCAUAUGCUGUUUUGUCAGCUACUACCAGAAUUUGCUUGCUACUAUCGGCGAAAUAUUUCCGGACGAAAGUUGUGGAGGGACUAACUGCUGCUGUUUAACAGAACUUUGUACAAAGAUUAAAUCUCACAAGUGUUGUUGCAUAUCGGAAGAGAGCAAACCAAAAAUUGAAUGUAAUAAAUGUCAGGCAUGUGAUUGCAAAAACAAUAAAUAUCUGAAAUGUUAUGUUACAAGUACAAUAAAUACGUGCAUUAAGGACGCAAACAAGUUAAUUCUUGAUAUAAAUUCUUGUAAUGAACUAGGGGAUGACUUUGAGGUUACAAGUGAAACAAUUUUACUUUCUGCCACAGCUCUAGAACGUUUUUUAUUAACAUUUUUGUGUCUUCUUGUGUACGCUAGAUUGGUGGAUGAAUUUCUUUUGCUCCAUUCAUUAAUGAAGUCAAUCGCUGUAAAUAUUUGUAAAUCGUUUUCAAACUAUUGCGAAAAGUGUAAAUGCGAAAAAGAUUCCAAACCUGAGGCGAAGGACUGCAAAUGUUGUUGCACCCUGUAUUUUAAACUUCUUAAAUGCCUAUGCAUGUUACACGAGAAACACAAUGAUGUUGUAAAUAUAAUUUUAGGAAAAAGUGCUGCGAAUUUGGCAAGCACAAUUCCGACCCUAUCUUUAAUCAGAUCUGUUUCACUACUAUCCACAUAUUUUUCUGAUUUCUUGGAUUCAAAGUUUGUUUGUGAACCUUCGACUUGUGGAUGUAAGUGCCAGAAGGACAAUUGCUCAUGUAAGAAAUACAGCACAAAGUUGGAUGAUAUCCUCAAUUUGAUGAUAGGAGGAUUGGAAUUUUUUUCAGAAUGUGAUGGGUUACUUUCAUCGGUGAUAUUACUUUAUUCAGAAUUUACUUUUAACGAUACCUCAUCAUUUUCUUUGUUUAAUCAUAUAGUCAAAUUUUCGGAUGACGCUUUGACUUCUACGCUUUAUGCUUCCAAAAUAUUUUCUUAUAUGGCAUAUGCAGAUUUUUUGUGUAAUGAUGCUUUGAAUAGUUCAACUCAACAAGAGAAUUGUACAAAUACAUCAUGUUCUAAUAUUUGUUCGUGUUGCGGCGAUAGUAAUAUUGGUCAGUGCUGUUGCUUUAAAAAUGAUCAUCAGUGUUGCAAUGAGGGAGAACAAAAUCUUGGAAAGUGUCUAGAUCAAGUAUCUGGUAUAUUUAAAUGUCAAAGUGCUACCCAGGACUCAUGCAGUCAAUUAAUAUGUUCUCUGGUAAAGCUAAAACACGACUUUUGCACGUUGCACAAAGCUACAGCUACAGCGUAUACAAAUUUGUGUGGGAAUCCUAUGGAAAGCUUAUGUUCCUCUAUAGAGAGUUUCAAACAUAUUUGUUUUCAGUGUACAUCUGACACAAAUUCUGUAUGUAAUUGCAACAAUACACAAGGAUCUAAUUGCAAAAUCAAUAAGAGAUUUUGUAAUCUUACGCAAUUUUUGGUAACAGGGAAUCACAAAUGUACCGGAGGGACUAGUUGUACUUGCAAGUAUAUAGGUUGUGCACUUAAACGCUUGAAUAGCGUUCUAAACAAAUUUUCUACAGACCACAUUAAAUGUGAUUGUUGCUGUGAUAGCGAUACAGAUUGCGGACUAUGUUGCAAUAAAAAUGGGUUAUGUGAUUGUACUAAGGAUAAGAAGGGUAUGAAUGAACUCUUUUGUUUGCUUUGCUGUGGGUUAAAGACAUUAUCCAGCACUUCAGCAUGUAUUGAAGAUCAUAUUUGCCAAGUUUUAAAUACUUUUUGUCGUAUAAAGAAAUUGUUGGAUGAUUUAUCAUGCCAAUAUAGAAAACUAAAUUGUUAUAUAACAAAGCUCAGAUGCAUUAUUGUAACUAGUACAGAUGUUAUUGGAAAAAAUAUGGAUAACUUGAGAAGUUCAAAAGAACGAAAUUUUAAAUCCUACAGCAGCGUUAUUAAAAGUUCCCUUUCAACAGUAAAUAGUGCCUGUGAAUUAUAUUGUCAGCAUUAUAAAGAUAUUUGCAAAUUCAACGCAACUAUUUAUUCCCACAUCUGUGAAUAUAAUAAGUUACGAAGUGCUGCAAUUAAGUUAGAAGAAAAGAACAUCUCUACAAUAAUCUCACUUAGUGGCAUAAGAUAUAGUAUUUUUGUUAAUCCAAUUGUACUGAUAAGAAACGUGGUUGCAAAUUACUACUCCAAAAGAGUGAUAGAAACUGAAGAAAAGUUAAAAGGGUGGAAAUUAACCGCAUUUCUCUACACAGUUAUUAUGAUUUUAUUAUUUUGUAAGAUUGGUGGGAUAAUUCCCUAUGUUAGGAAUAUUCCCUAUGUACCAAAGUUACGUUUUCUAGUAAUGGCUUUUGCUACUGUAACAUCUUUUACUUUGAACUACUCAUUGGCGUCGCUUUCUACAUCCAGAUGUAACCGUGACUAUUUGAUAAAUAUGGCAAUGUUACUUGGUUUGGUGUCUGGAAUAAUAUAUUCUUGGGUAUCACAAUGGUUAACUUAUCGCAUGUUUUUGUAUGAACAAUUCAGGUUGAUUUACGCCAGAUUCCGUCUGAUAUAUCCUAGUUCAGUCUAUAGAUAUCAACCUGGUUGGUUUUGGUGGUUUGAGGGUUUUGUUAGUUUUUUGAAGAUGGACUUUUAUGCAAUGGUUGUCAUGUUGACAUUUGGAAAUCUGAAGGAAAGCUAUGACCCAUUCAGCUUCGGUUUUAGUUCACGUUUUGAGGCAAACUAUGAUCUGGUCGAUAGUGGAUCCCACAUAUUUAGUGAGGAGGACUGUCUGAAACACAUAAAGAAAUCUGUGUUGGAGGCUUCCCCAAUGAAGUUAUCUACUAUGUUAGAUCUGAGAUCUUUCCUUUCUAUUCCAAGGAAUAACUGUAACUUCUUGACGGAUGUGGACGACGGCGAAUCUGUCAACUACUCCGUGGAUUUACUAUGGCAAUCCUGGAAAACUGGUGUGAAAGCUACAUCAUUUGCUGACAGAUUGCAACAUUUAAGAGAAAAUGCACUUAAACUUGCUGAAAAGGCGGUACAAAAGAGUGCAAGGGAUAGUAGCUACGACUUUGAUUCCGUAAAUCAGUUGAAAGUUAUGUUUGAAUUCCAAAAUGAGCAUUUAUUAGAUUUACCCUCGAAAUGUCUGACAGAUGCGGCUGGAAACUCACAAAUUCUACUUUCCGUUCAAGCUAGGAAGCUUUUGAAAUUGUAUGAGAAAGAGUACCUGCGUCUGUGGCACUCUUACUAUUCUGACCAUUCUGAAGGAGAAAAGGUCGAAAAAUAUGCCUUACCUGGUGAUAUUAUGUCAAUGGCAGAACUACUCUCAGAAUUUAAACAAUGGGAGAAGAAUAAGUAUGAGAUGUGUGAUGAGGUAUUCGGCUCGCAUGAUAUCUGCAAAAGUGUAGUUUCCAGAGUGGUUGAAGAAUUUAAUUCUAUAUUGGCAGAUAAUACACCCUUCGCCAUAAUAGAAAAUUAUAAGGGAAUCAUCUCCGAUUCUUAUGUGGUGGAAGAAAUGCCUAGUGAAAUAAAGAUCGCCAAAUUCUUGACUGAGGCAAGUAAAUCUAGCGACAUACAACAACUCAAUCUGAUAAAAUCUGAAAUGGCAUCCCUAAUGCAAAACAACGAUCCAAAUUUAAAGAAGUAUAUUGGAACACUUUUGAACGGUUAUGUCUCUCUUUGUAAGAAUAUAGAUGCAGAGUCUUCAAUGUCGGAAAAGUUCUGGAAACACGAUGGUUAUCUACUCGGCGAAUGGAUGAGAUGGCAAGGACUACCGACGUCUAACGAUGUCAUUGAUAUGUUUUUCAAACUCUACUCAUUUUAA